UCUGAUCGCGGUUGGGCUUUUAUUCGUUGUCGAGCUUUCGUGCUGGAGCGUGCGCGUCUCUCAUCGUAGCGAAAUAAAGAGAGAAGGAAGGAGAGAGCGGUCUCGUUCGCGUCCGGCCGGGUCAUCACGUACCAAUCCCACAAGUAGCAGAGACGCUGUAUCCAGGAAGGCUAGAUAUAGGGUCGUUUUGCACGCGAAAAUGUAACGAUCUCAGUAGUGGGGCCGGUUGUCUGGAAAAUUGGUUUAGACAGAAGGGGAGAAAGAGGUGAUAUCCCUUUCCCCGCGUCGCAGCUCGCGAGUGAAGCAUCUUGCAGAGGGGAUCCAUGGCGUGAAGCAUCGGUUGGUUCAUCCAACUAUUUCUACACGGAAGUCUGAAGCUUGAGAAAACUCAGGAUGCACGCGGUUGGAUUGCACUCGGCGCUGGCCAUCAAGCGUCAGAGAAAACGCCGGGACGAGCAGCGUCGUGCCCGCGAGCGUCGUUAUAGCGCGCAAUCGGGCGAGAGCGGCCUGACGUCGCCCAGGGCUUCGACCGGUUCCUUGGAUCAACAACCGAGACACCAUAAAACCGGACAUCCGAAUCGUUCUGCCGGCCAGGGUAUGUUGGAUUCGAAGGUGGUCACGUCGGUGGGAAUGCUUCACAUCGGCGUGGUCUUCCUGGUGUUCGGUGCUUUUCUUCUGAUGAGUGGCCUGUUGCCGGGAGAUCUCGCUCAAUGGGGAACCAAAGCAUCUGGAGGCUGGUGGAACGAGCUGGUAGCCAUAGGUCUGUUCGCUAUCAUCGUCGGCAUGUUCCUCAUCAUUUUGAACAGGGUGAUCGCGAAGAAAGAAGAAAACGACCUGGAAGAGUACGUGCAAAGGCAAUUAACCAGGUCCAAGUCGGGACACAGACUGGAGAGAGACGCGGAAACUGGAGGAUUGACCACCAGGCAAGCCAGAAGAGCGAGGCAACUGCAACAACAGGCAGCUACCGCUGCAGCUAUAGAAACGGAGAACGAGAAAGAGUCUACUUCUCCACCGAGAAGUCCUCCGCCUGCUUAUUCGCCGCCACCGACGCUCAACGGAGAUCACCAGACUGCUCAGUCCGCCCUAUACCUCGAACAGAUCACCGAAGAGGAGAUUAUCAGUGACCGCGUAGAAACGUCGACCACUAACAGCCUGAGUCCCGGUUCACCGAGCGAGACCAGGGAAUUAUUGCAGAAUCCUCGCCAUUCGAAGCAAAACGGCAACCCUCAACAGGUUCAUCGGCCGCUUUACGUGUCCAGGAUUUAAAUUACGAGGGAAAGUUCGGAGCUUGCCUUUCUGGCUUGAAGUUUGUACGAUCGCGAGGAUCUCAUAUAUAUCGGGAACAAACUUGAGUAGGCGGUUUCUGCGACGGCGACGAUGAUGACAAUGGGGCGACGUUUUUACAAUGUGGUAUCACGAAAUGGGUAACAUCUUGGAAGCCGUAGUUUAUCGAUGGAAUUUGUAAAUGGUUUUGAAAUUCGAGGAAAGGGAAGAAAGGAUAUUUAGAAACGAGAAAUUGAAUCGUCCAGUUAAGAGAUUUUCUUUGGAAUUAAUCAUCGAUUACGAUGAACUAAGAUACACGAGCCAAUAUCGAUAGUCUGUUUUUCGAAGUUAUCGAGAUUUCGUCUAUUUCUUGUAGCAGCCGUUUAAAUUUAAAUAUCUCACUACUGUCUUACAGCUGAUUCGAUUCUUCCCGUAAGUUAUCAGUAACAAGGGAUUUUUCUUCCAAAACAAGGAUCUCGUCGUUAAACGUUCGCAAAACCUGACCAAUGGGACCAAGGUUUCGUGCGUGACAUAAAUUUUCUUUGAACCAUCUAAACAAAACGCAACACUAUCAUUCAUCAAAUACGAUAAGAGAUUAUCAAAAUACGAUUCGUCAACGAAAACAUUCCCGAAACAAAAUUCAUUGUUCGACACGUCGAGCGUUUAACAAUUCCAUUAAUCGAACUCUACGGUUCAACCUUGCGGAUACUGAAUGAGGGCAAUCGACCGUAAAACAAGCAACUAAUCGAAAGCAUCUCAAUCGAACUACUAGUCGACGAAAGUGUAAUCUACAUAGUCGAAAAUGCAAUUUCCCGUGCGCUAAUUUCGAUUCGAACACAGCCGCCUCUAUCUCCUUGAAAGUUUCGUAUUCUCGAGGAAUCGAGUUUCACAGAGCGUAUUCACCGAGCAUUCCACUUGGCGCCGAACGCGAUUCUGCCCCGAGCAAUUUCCCGUCAGGAAGUCCAGCGGGAACCGAUACCGGCUCGUGUCUACAGGGGCAACGUGUUUCUUUGUGUAUACGCUUCGGUUGUUACAAGGAAAGGGAAAUUUAACAAGAUACAGAGAGAGGGAGAGAGAUACAGAGAGAGAGGGAAGAAGAAAUCCUUCCUAGCGAACACUCGGUAGGAAAUCAAUUUCCUCAACGAAUUACAGCGGUGGUGAGAUCGUUAUUCGUGACAUUGUCGCUGCUUGUAGAAAGUGAUCGAGAUCUCGAUAGUUUCAGCUCAGACUGUGAGCUGAGAAAGUUAAGUUUCCCCUGUCACGGUGCGAAAGGUGCAAUGACACGUGUACAGUUUUUGAAUAGUUUCCUUAUAGUUGUUCAGACCUGCUGCGUUCUUUGCAUCAUUUUAGAUUCGAAUUUAGAUUGAGUAAAAAA